AAUUACUGUUAAAUUUAAUUACAAUACGUUUUUCGGUAUUAUAUUUAUGUGACCGUAAUUUAUGAACGGAUUGUGUAAUAAACUCAACACUUUGUUAUGAAAAAAGAGAUGAAAUAAAAAUUGUGCCGAAAAUUAAACAAAUAAUUAACAAAUUGUUGUAUUAAUUGUGUGAUUGACUCAAGCGUUGCGAUAAUGCCUAAAUAUUAUUGCGAUUAUUGCGAUACUUUCCUCACUCACGACUCGCCAUCGGUGCGGAAGACUCACUGCAAUGGGAGGAAACAUAAGGAGAACGUGAAGUUUUACUACCAGAAGUGGAUGGAGGACCAAGCUCAGUCACUCAUCGACGCCACCAUUCAGCCUAUGGUUGGAGGCAAAGAGCUGCUGAUCACACAAAAUGGGACCACUUAUCACAUCAGGCCUUUGAAAUCGCAUUGA